CAGCUGAAAGCAGUCAUGGGCAGCCGCGUCCAUGUCCGAAUCACAGAUUACGCGGGCGUGCAGCCCCGUGCUCAUCUGUGCCAAUCUCUACUAGAAUCACUAUUAGUUCUCUCUGGGCUUGCUAGGUGCAUAACGGCUUGAAGUUGGACCAGGACAGCUCUUCGACAUGGGUAAACAAGUCACAUCUGAGAAGACUACGAAGCUCUUUAUACCGCACCCCCAUGCAGAGAACUGCUCGAUAGUGGGAGUCCUCGAGCAGCUCGAACCAUAUGAGCCGACGCAGGGACGUCGGAUUGCUUUAAUCCUCCAUGGGUCGCUGGGACAUAAGGAUUAUCUCUUCCAGAAGCGUCUUGCUCUCAGGCUGCCAAUGGACUCUUUCCGAUUCGACUUCCGUGGCAACUUCGAAACGCCAGGCACCCUACGCCUCGGCGGGAUUGAAGACGAUAUCCAGGAUCUACACAUCGUUGUCCGGUACCUGGUGCGCGAGUACGGCUACGUGAUUGACACCAUCAUUGGGCACUCGCGCGGGAGCGUGGUGGGUAUAGUCUGGCUCAGCCGAUAUCCCAAGGAAGAGGCGGGCAGCGUGCGCGGGGUCGUCAACGUGAGCGGGCGGUACAGGUUGCAUAAAAUGUAUGAUCAGACAAACAAGCCCGAGAUCAAGGCGCAGCUCGAGAGGCAGGGAUACUACGAGGUCAAAGCCGUGGUAGCGCGUCAGCCGGUCAGCAUGAAAGUAACUAUCCAAGACCAUCACGAGUUUGCGUCGCUGGACACCUCUAUUGUCUGGGACCGCUUCCCGGCUGCCAUUGACGUGUUGACGAUCCACGGGCUGAAGGACGCGGUUGUGCCUCCAUACGACGCCUUCAUAUACGCAAAGAUCCUGGGAGCGAGGUCUCCUGGGACACAUAAUCUGGCCAUAGUAGAAGAGGCUGAUCACAACUUCACCGGGCGCUCCGACGAAGUGGUCGAUACUGUUCUCGAAUGGCUAGAUAUGCUAGAGCACAAGACGCUCAAGACAGGUAUAUGGCACACUGGAGUCAGACAUGAUAUCGAUCAGCUGCCUCCGAAAUCAUCUCUCUAGCUGAAACCUUGCGUACCCAUCCGCGGGAACUACAAGCGAUCGACGCUGCCUGUCGUAAUCCUCAUAUUGAUAUUGUACAAGGUAUUGGAAAGAAUACAGCACUGUUCCCGAUUCCUCCAUCUCUGCCUUGAUGUCCAUCACAAAC